AUGCCAAGCCGAACAAAAUCUGUCGUCUCAAAUAGACGGGCGUCAACUGGAUCAAGGAAUAAGAAUAAAAUUUGGGAGAUGUCUUGGAAGGAGUUUCAGAAAACUCGAGCGAAUAUGCGUCCUGUUGCGAAUAAAGCCAAUCAUAAAGUGAACUUUGGUUCACAACCUGACAAACAAUUUCCUUCGAAGAAUAUCAACAUUGGUCAGCCAAGUGCAAAGAUAGUGAACAAUUCAUCAGUGGCAAAGGGUGCUAGCAAGUCAAAUCAUGUUUAUACAUCAAAGGGUAUGGAGCAGCCUACUGCCUCAAGCUUCGAAAAACGCUCGAUUUCGGUAGACAAACAAAAGGCUCUCUUGAGGUCAACAAUCGAUGGAAAAGCCAGAUUGAAGGAAACACAUGGCUUAAAAAGGAAACGAGAGGCGAAUGAUGCUUCACAGCCAGCUCAGUUGAAGGCUAAGCCAGGGUUGGUUCCAAAGACAACCGAUAGACUAGGUCAUUAUAGUGACUCGUCGUCUCGCUUAAAGAAGCGAGCAAGUUCUGAUAAAGACAUCACUAGUGCAAAAUACAGCACUACAAAAUUGGAGUUCCCAAAGGGUAUACAUAUGGUUUCUAAGGACAGCUGCACGACUAAAGGUAACGACAAGCAAGAUGAAAUUGUCAUUGGCAAUGACAAAGAAAAUGUGAAAUUUGGUGAAUAUCAUAAAGAGGGAGACACGACGAAGGCAAAACAUACUCUGGAUUCUACAUUGAAGAGGAAGGAACCAUUAUCUGUAGAAAAUCCUGAGGCACUCGAUGAUGAUAGUAAUGAUGGAGUACAAGUGGAUAAUAUGAGUUGUAAGCAGAUGAAGAAACUCAAACAAUCCAGAGUAACUUGGAAAGAUGAAGUAGAAGAUGGCGGUGGUGAUCUUAACCAUGUGGGUGUGGAGGAUGACACCGCUAGUAUUUUAAAGAAUGGUCACGCUAAAGUCUCAGUAUCAUCAUGUGUUGAACAACAAUGCUAUAGUUGUUCGAAGCCCAUUAACAAACCUAAUUGGAGUGGCAUCUUUAAGACAGACGAUAAGGAAUAUGUAUCAUUGGAUGGACAUUUGUCAACCAAAUCAUGUGAGAAAGCAUGGAGUUUGUCCAAACAAUUGCUUAAAGUGGUUGAAGUGCAAAAGCUUUCGAGGUUGGAGGUGUGGCCUAAGGCAUGGGAGGUAUCAAAACCGAUUACCAAUGACAUUGGCAUCUAUUUCUUUCCUCAUGAAAUGAGGAGAAUUAAAAUGCCUAAUUCCCUCUUUUGCAUCCCUAGGCAAGACGAAGGCUUGGAGCAACUAGUUAGAGAAGUCAUGCAAAAUGAUUUAGCUUUGCGGGCUAUUAUUGGUGAAGCCGAGAUGUUGAUAUUCCCUUCUAUUCUACUGUCCAAUCAUCACCAGACAUUUCAGAGAAAACACUAUCUAUGGGGAGUAUUCAAGCGUAGGGAAGACAAAGGUGUUGUGGUUGAAGAACCACUUAGUGUUGUGGGGUGUUGUGAGAUGGAAAAGCAGCAAAAUGCUGUCUUAGACCAGCCUAAUCAUAUUCAUAUGCUACCAGGUGAAGAACCAAAUCAAGAAAUGGUUCGGAUGGCGAGCGCCAUACCUUUGGAAAGACAUAUGUUGCCUCUUAAUAAAAGUACUCAAGAAGUGGAAGCUAGCCGUCUCAAAGGGCCAACCAACAAGGGCUUUGAUCUAAAAGCUCCUGGUGAAGAAGAGGGACAGGCAGAAGCUACUCCUGUUGCUGCAUUUCCUGCAAGCCAUGGACAGAUUAACCCUAGUAUGGGACAUACCCCAGGCAGGCUGAUGGGUUUUGUUGUCCGAAAAACUCCAAAACUUGAUCGAAUUAUCCGAGAGAUAGAACAUGAAGGUGCAUUGGUAUUUGCUAUAUGCAAGGGGAGAUGGUUGGUGCUGGAUCUUGGGCAGUCAGCAAGGCUACUGCCACUCAAAAGUAGAGGCCAAGGCAUGAGGUGCUCACAACGUUCCUUGUCAGCAUCAACAAAAAGGUGCGAAGCAUGCAUGUCCUGGUACGAGAUCAUACCGGAUUUGGUCUAUUCAUCGGUGGGUCAGCUACAUGGAGGUUGA